AUGUGGAAGGGGAAAUGGGGGAAAGAUGGCACAGAGGAAGCGGCAGCGCGGGCAGGAUGGCGGCCGUGGGGCACAGGGAGUGCGCAGUGGGGAUCCGGGUUGGCCCCCGGUGCUCUGGGGGUGCUGGGGGGGCACCCCGGAGCUGUGUCCUGCACUCACAAGGGUGUUCCAGAGGAUGAGAUUGAAGAGUGUCACUUGUUGAACGGCACGGAGAAGGUGAGGUUCGUGGAGAGGUUCAUCUACAACCGGGAGCAGUUCCUGAUAUUGGACAGCGACGUCGGGGUGUACGUGGGGUUCAUCGCCUAUGGGGAGAUGAAUGCCAAGCGCUCUAACAGGCACCCGGUUCACAUGGAGUACUACCGGGCUUUGGUGGACACGCAGUGCUGGCGAAACUACGAGCUUUAUGCCCCGUUCACAACGGUGGAGCGCCGAGGGGAGCGCGGGGCAGAGCGCGUCCCCUCGGGCCCUGCCCUGCCAAUGACCCUGGAGCUCCUGAAAUUCCCAGUAUCCCUCGAGUCUGGGAAUCGCCUCAGAGGCGGCAGCCCUCCUUGUGUCCAUCACUGGGACAUCCUCUCCCACCCAGUGACCCCCCCGUGGCUCCUCCAGCCCAUCCCAGUCCAUCCCGGUCACUCCCAGUGCUCUGUGGCGCGUCCAUCUCGGUCGAGCGUGGAGAUAACGCCUCUCAGCCAAUCACAGCUCGUCCCUCCGAUGACCCAUCUGUUGCUAGGAUGAUCCGCAGAUCCGAGUGCCCCGAGCUGGACUCGGCCUCGCAGCGCCGCGCACGUCAUUGCCAGUUCCAUCCCAGUCCAUUCCCAGAUCCCUCCCAGUGCCACCGCAGUCCCUCCAACUCCCUCCCAGACCCUUCCAGUCUAUUCCCAGUCCACUCUCCGACUUUCACGCUCUCUCAAAGUGCCGAGUGCCCCUCCCACCUUUCUCAGUGCCACUCCAGUCCCUCCCAGUUCAUUCCCAGACCAUCCCAGUUCCAACCAGCCCCUCCAAGUCAAUUACCAGUCUAUUCCCAGUCCAUUCCCAGUUCACGACAAGACUUCCACCGUCUCUCCCAGUACCCCCCAUCCUCUCCCACCUCUCUCGGUGCCACUCAACUCCCUCCCAGUGCAUUCCCUGUCCCUCUCCACCCCACUAAAGCCCUCCCCUCUCCCA